GUAUAGCAUUUUGAAUUAAAAAAAAAAAGUCAUAGUAUAUUUUAUGUCGAAAAAAUGUCAUGAAACAACGGCAGACGGCAGUAGAGUAGAAGGUAGAGUAGAAGGUAGAGUAGAAGAAGAAGAAGGAGUUAGACGUCACUUCCUGUUUGGCGACAGCGUGUUGCGUGCUAAAAAGGAGAAUGGCAGCAGACAGCGGGACUGAGGAUUACCCUCAUGAGAUAGACGAGCAGCUGACAGGCUUCGACUCCUCAGCCUCUUCUGUUAAGACCAUGUUGGAGAAGCUGAUGUCGAUGCCCAGGAACGACCUGCUGCAGAAGCUGGACCCUCUGGAUCAAGCCAAGCUGGAUCUGAUGUCUGCCUACACCCUUAAUUCAUUAUUCUGGAUGUACUUGGUUACACAAGGAGUAAAUCCCAGAGAACAUGCAAUCAAACAGGAAUUGGAGCGAAUAAGGACGUACAUGAACAAAGUGAAAGAGAUUACAGACAGGAAGAAAGCUGCCCGUCUGGAUAAGGGGGCUGCUGCACGCUUCCUCAGGAACGCUAUGUAUGAUCCCAACGAAAGAGCUUCUAAAAAGAAAGCAGCCGAAACAACGUCCGACACCACGCAGUCAAAGCGUCCCAAGCAGAGAUGAAGUAAAGGAGGAGCUGUACAGUCCGCUCCCACUGCAUUUUGCACCAAUUUAGGGGACAAUAAACACUUUUUGCUCACAAGGCGGCAACAAAGUGACUUCUAAGGUUGUGCUAUGGGGCAUCAUACAAGACAACAUGCACCAAAAUACACGUUGGUGUUUAACUGGGAUGCUCAUCAGUCAGAUUGUAGCAGUCAGAAAAUGAAGAAAAGACUAAUUGCCAUCUACGACACACCAUCCCAGGUUUUACUGAACAUAUUUUGGCAUCAGAAUAGAAUAGAUUCAAGGCUGUACUAUUUUUGUAAUAUUACUUCAUCAUUGAGUUGUUACGUAAAUCGUCUUCAGGAUUCCAUAACCAUGAAAAGUUCUGAUUUAAUUUAGAAUAGUGAGUAAAGAAUGAAUUUGGUCCAUGCAGGUAUUGAAAUAUGUCAUUUAAGAUUGUUUGGUUUCUUCUUUUAGAUGAAUGAGAAAUGUAAAUUUCUCAUUUUUUUUAAAAAGUGAUUCUAUGAAUCAUAAUUUGUUUUUUGAGAUGUUUUUACACAGGUGCCAUGUGUCUAAACAUGUAUUCAUAACAUGUUAUUUGGUGAUGUAUUGCUUUUAGGAUUAACUUCUGCAUAAAAAUACUCACCAAACAUGAUGUUGGAGUUAUUCUUUUUUUUCCUGUUAUACAAUAUAUUGCACCUGG